GUUAAGUUUCCGGAAGUCGCAAGUACAGUUGUCCAUCUGUUGAUGGAUUUCUUGGGUUAUAACAAUGUUGCUUCUGCAAUUGAUGUGGUUGUUUUUGUCCGUGAGAUUAUUGAAACAAACCCAAAAUCAAGGGUUUCCAUUGUGACAAGGCUACUGGAUACUUUCUACCAAAUUCGAGCUGCACUUGUUUGUUCAUGUGCCCUUUGGAUCAUUGGAGAGUAUUGUCUAUUUCUUUCUGAAGUUGAGAGUGGCAUUGCAACUAUCAAGCAGUGCCUUGGUGACCUACCAUUUUAUUCAAUUUCUGAGGAAGGCGAAGCUAAUGAUUCUUCGAAAAAGUCUCAGCAAAUAAACUCCACUACUGUUUCAUCUAGAAGACCUGCUGUCCUUGCUGAUGGGACAUAUGCUACUCAAAGUGCUGCCUCUGAAACUGUUUUUUCACCUGCGACAGUAGUUCAAGGAUCUUUGUCCACUGGAAAUCUGAGAUCCCUUCUGCUGACUGGUGAUUUCUUCCUUGGGGCAGUUGUUGCUUGCACCCUGACUAAGCUCAUUUUGAGAUUGGAAGAAGUUCAGCCAUCAAAAGUUGAAGUGAACAAAGCAACAACUAAUGCAUUACUGAUCAUGGUCUCAAUGAUACAGCUAGGGCAGUCUUCAGUUCUUCCACACCCAAUUGAUAACGAUUCCUAUGAUAGGAUAAUUCUGUGCAUAAGAUUGCUCUGUAACACUGGGAAUGAGGUCAGAAAGAUCUGGUUGAACUCUUGCCACGAGAGUUUUGUUACAAUGCUGUCUGAUAAGCAGCUGCGAGAGACAGAAGAGAUAAAAGCAAAGGCUCAAAUUUCUCACUCUCAGCCAGAUGACCUCAUUGAUUUCUACCAUUUGAAGAGUAGGAGG